AUGGGUAAAGAUAAAAACCACCAAAACGACGGACAUACCAAAAUCAGGAACGAUGACCCUAGCUCAAAAACAACACAAAACGCAACACAGAACACCCAAUUCCCGCAAUUCCUUGUGAUGACCUCCACACAGAGUGGUAAAACAACGGCCGCGUUGUCGCCACUUCUGUUGAGGAAGGGCAUCCAGGGAAUCGCAGGGGAUGUGAAAUCCGUUAAGCCAUUGGGAUCGGGCGAUCUCCUUAUAGAGGUUUAUCGCCAACAACAGGCGAUGAACCUACUCGGAACAACCAGUUUUGCCGGCAUCGGUGUCAGUGUGAAACCACACUCAUCACUUAAUUGCAGCAAGGGGGUAAUCAGGUGCCCAGCCUUGCGCAAUGACACCGAUGAAGACAUACUGGCAUAUUUCCAGGAGGAGAGCGUCCCGGUCUCUGAGGUGAGGCGGAUGGUGAUCAGGAGAAACAAUGAUACAAUCAAAACAAACACCUUCAUCAUCACUUUUUCAACGCCAACACUACCCCAAAUACUAACAAUCGGAUACCAGAGGUACAACGUUUCCGUCUACAUCCCAAAUCCAUUGCGAUGCCGAAACUGUCAGAAGUACGGUCAUCACGAAAAGCGAUGUAGACGAAAAUCGAUCUGCCAGUAUUGUGGCCGUGAGGGUCACACCGAGCAAAAUGACUGUGACAUCGCCAACCUGCGCUGUGUCAACUGUGAGGGGAAGCACGCUGCCUCUUCUCGCGACUGCCCUACCUGGAGCCAGGAGAGGGAGAUAUUACGGGUUAAAUAUACCCGAGGUGUCUCUUUCCCCGAGGCCAGGAGGAUAGUCGGGAGUGCAGACAUUGCUACACCCUCUUACGCACAAGUGACUCGAGGCAAGGCGCCGGUUGACAGUGUCACGGUCAAGGAUGCUUCGGUUCAAGUUUCUGAAGACAUACCUGCCUGGGGCUCACAAGUCCCAGACAUGGCUGUAUGUCUCCCCUUCGAAUGA